AUCCACACUCAUUCAUACUUUGUGCUGUGUACAAGGAGGGCUGAACCUCGACAGCCGUUUCCCACACACGCACGCGUGUGUGUUUUUGUGUGUGAGUGUGUGUGUGUGUUUCUGGAGACACCCUCACUAUCUCUCCACUGCCCUCCUCCAGCACACCUUUGUGCUGUUCUCUCCCCUCCCUCUUGAGCCUCAAAAGCCUCCUUCCUCCCCCUUCUGUUUGAUGUGUGUGUAUGGUGUGGUUCGUGUACAAGCUGAAGGCGACAGGGGCGUGAUGCUGCCGAUAUGACAUCUGUUUGGACUCCACGUCUGAAUUAAACAGCGCAAGGUCUGAGGAACUUCAGCACACAACCCCAAGGAGCCUACAAACCUCUCACUCAUCAGCCUUCAUUUCUUUUCUGCAGCCAGUUUCCUUUUCCAGACUGUGGGAUUAAUAGGAAGGCAGGCUAAAACAAUGAAUGCCAAAUUGCGCCAGGUGCUCGUGCCGGUCUGUCUCCUGGGAGUGUUCAUCUUGGCGGUGGACAGCAAAGGAACUUUCUACGGCGGUCAUGUCAAUCCUUUUUAUGGCUACAGAUACAACAUGUUCAAGACAGGACUCAACCCUCAGCACAUCCCAAAUAAGCCUAUGACCAGACACAAAAAUCACUGUGCCUAUGUGGUCCAGAGGAACAUCACAUGCACGAUGCAGGAUGGAGUGGCGACAUACGUGAAGGCUGAGUACACAACCAAGUGUAUCUGGGGACAGAAGUGUCCUGUUAUCGUGUACCGGUCAUUCCACAAACCAACAUACAAAGUGGGUUAUAAAACGGUGACUGAGCUGGAGUGGAGAUGCUGCCCUGGCUACUCUGGAGACAAUUGCUAUGACGGACCCACCUCACUGCCUGACAUGGUACCUCCUUUCAAAGCAGCAGCUUUGCCCCAUCGCCCCGGGAUAAUGGGUGUUCCUCAUGGCCCGAGAGUCCCCGUUGACCAGAAGCCCGGCGGAGCACAGCUGGAGCCGAGCAAACCCGACCCCUACCUACAUGAUCACAGACCAAUACCUAGUGGACGGCUGCCUGUGGACAAUGAAAAAACAAAUACUGGCAACAAUUUGGGGAUUUCCGGUGUGAGCGGCGAACGUUUGGACCGUAUGGAAGACGACUUACGGCGCCUCACUCUGGGCUUCGACUCACUCAACGGGAUGGUGGCCGGCCUGGAAGAGCGACUGCGCACAUCGCUUCGGGAAGACACCAACAAGAUCCUGGUAUCGCUGCUUCCCAGCACACCGCGUGGGCCUGACUCAGCUGUGGGAUUUGGGGUCAUCCCAAUAGGGACUCCUGGUGUACUGCGAGGGGAUGAAAGCUUCAACAGAUUUGGAGAUCUUGCGGGGAGAGUGACAGAAGUCAAGGAUGAGCUGCGAGCCAAGACUCACAUGUUAGAGGAGAUCCAGGGAAUGGUCUUAGGACAUGACGGGCAGCUCAAGAGACUGCUGGAAGGAGCAAGAGGAAGGCCCUUCUCUGGCCACAGUUCAGCUCAUCUAGACACCAUCCUCGAGGCUAAACUGGCCGGGAUUCAGGCUGAGAUCUUGGAUGGAUUUGAACAGCGACUCUCUCGUCUGGAGAACCAGUGUGAGGAGAAGAUAGGGGCUGUGCAGAGACAGUGUCACAGGGAACACAUGGAUGGCCGAGAACAGAUGCAACAGUCCCUUGAUGGAAGAGAAACUGGACUGAGGGCGGAGUUGGGCUCGUUGCAGGCUCAGAUCCAAGGCCUAACGCUCACAGAGAGCUGCUGUGAACAGGUAAACAGCCUCUCUCAGCGUGUGCUGCUACUGGAGGAGUCGGUUAAAGGUCUCACAGAAUCACAGCGACAGCUUCAAUCAAUACUCAGUGAGCAGAGCAUCCAUAUAGAGACGCUGAUCGAGACCCGCUUGGUGGACCUGGAAGACCGACUAAAUUUGACAGAAGGCGAAGCCGAUGGCAUGUCGGGAUUCCCCGGUGGCCUCGAUGGAUUCAAGAACAUGCUGGAUGACAAGUUGAAGGCCCUGGAGGAGAGGCUGUUUGUGGCUGUAGAGGAACUGAGCAACGCCACUGCACCAGCACUCUUGGAGGGCCAGGUGGUCCCGCCGCUGGAAACAGAUAUCGAGUCCGUGAGGAGAACAUUAGAUGGCAAUCUGGAUGGCAUCGAAAAACGCCUCGUAGACCUGGAACUCCUCUGCACCUCCUCCUGUUCAUCUUCCACUCCUCCAGCAGGGGGAGUCAGAGGCAGUGAAGUGGAGGGGCCGUGUGAGGACAUGGAGAAUAAGAUGACAGAUCGUCUGGACUCUCAUUCAGACCAGCUGGAGCGUCUGAACAGCACACUGAAGAACCUGCUCUUGCGGAUCGCCCAAGAAGAGGGAGGCGACUCCGUCUAUGGCGAGAUCACCCUGCUGAAGGUGAACAUCAAUUCCGUGAACCGCACUCUCAAGGGUUUAAAGGACUCUAUUAGUUUUAUUGCGAGUGAAGUGGGCCAUGCCAACUCCACAUGGGGACAGCGGGAACAACAGCUAGUCAGUCAGGUGCAAGGAAUUACCAAACUAGUGGGCCACCAAGCGUCUCUCCUGGGGGCCGGGGAGAGGCGUCUGGCCCAGCUGAAGGGAGAACUCGUGGCCUUGAAGAGACAACUCACCGGGGGGCUUCAAGGCUGCUGGAGCAAGGAAAAAGAAGUUCAGGAGGAGGUAAAGGAUGUUGACAGCAGGUUGAGCCAGGUGGAGGGCCAGUGCAAGAGCUUGGGGGAGCUGGCAGAGCAGCUGGAGAGGAUCAGGGCAGAACUUGAGAGACACUCGGACUCCUACCUGGCGCAGGCAAACGGCACCCUCGCCGUCCAUUCAGAGCAGCAUGCUGAGCUGAAAGGGGAAGUCAUAGACAAUGUGCCAAAGGAAUGAGUAAGCCCAAAAGUAGAUCAGUAGCACUUGAGCCUAAACAGCAGGAAAAAAAUAGCGGCUCGAAUGAUGUUUUCUCCUCAUCCCCACUUUGACCUUCCCUCUCCUCUGCCCACAUGCAAAUUAAUUGGAGGGGUGAAAGCCAUUUUCCAUCAGCCCGCCAUCACAGUGCCUCCAAAUGACCUGCUUAUGAGAAGUACACAUACACAUUUCAAAGACACACCUAUGGCUGUGGAGCUGGACCAUGUUUUAAACUAGGGGGGCAUUUUCGCCACCGCGUUUCUCAUCUUUUUAACUUAUAUGAAGUUGUUAAACAUAUUGCUAUGACAUUGUAGUCGAAGUCAAGUGUGAAAAUGCUUAAGAAAAUGAACAACCUGGAACUAAGACAUUGCUACGGGUUUCUCUUGACAAGCACAUUCAAUACCUUUUGUGUGGCUGUGUGGUUUUGAUAUCAAUGUGGUGCUAUUUACAUGUUCAAAAACAUUUGAUUGUACACAAGUUAAAAAUAGGACUUUUUUCCACUGGCAGUUGUACGAAUUCAUUUUGAUUGCUGCAGGUUUUAAUGUACUAUAAAUAUGGGAGACAACACAUUAUUGUCUGAGAAAUAAAAUCCCAAACUCCCUAGUGUUGUGCAUUGAAAGAACGUUGGGGCGUGUACGUUUUAUUGUCUGAUAAAUGAGGGUCAUAACAUCCAGCAAAAAAUGAGCCUCAGUUACGCUCCUCAAUUAAUUACAAUUUUAUUUAUCCCUAAGGCCAAUACUUGUACAGCAGAGCAGCUAUUGAGUUUAUAUUAGAUUUUAAGCUUUUAUUAUGGGGUGUUUUGCAAUAUUUUAUUAUAUUUUCAUUGUGGAGCAAUAUUAAUGCCAAAUAGGCUUGAAUUAUCUAUUCUCAUGUAAGCAAACAGAGUAUUGAUUAAGUGUGAUUGACUGCCGUCCAAGGAUGGCCUCGGCCUGUCACCCAUGUCGCCCGGGAUGGGCCUCACCUCGAACAGAAUCCUGAUGAGGACAAGCGGUAAAACUGGUUUAAAAAAACAAACAAACAAAAA